CGAAAUUCUAAUCGUUUCUUUACAGGUUUUAACUUCAGCCCAGACGAAGAAAACAUGUCUUCAGAUCAACAACGAGCUGAACUUGACGCCAGGGCCAGGCAAGGUGAGGUUGUGGUGCCUGGUGGAACUGGUGGCAAAAGUCUUGAAGCCCAAGAACACCUUGCUGAAGGGAGGAGCCGUGGAGGGCAGACAAGGAGGGAGCAGCUGGGGACAGAAGGGUACCAGGAAAUGGGCCGGAAAGGUGGGCUCAGCACGGGUGACCAGUCCGGCGAGGAACGUGCUUCUCAGGAGGGAAUUCCGAUCGACGAGUCCAAGAGUAAGUUAGAGGUGAUCACAAUUCACAACCGUACGUUAUGUAUCUGUGUCAGAUUUCAGGUUCUGGGUCGUUGAUAAAAUUCUCAGGGAACGACUUUUGUUACUAUGUAGAGGCAUGUAAUUUUGUCCAAGCCUUUUCUUUGAUACCUCUGGAUGUACUCGCGUAUCUCAUAUACGUAACUUUGCAUGCAGUAUCCAGCUUUUGGAUUUGAAUUUCAAAAACAAAAAGAAAACGAUAAAGGCUUGAC